AUGGCGAUGAUGAUGACUGGCCGUGUGCUGCUGGUGUGUGCCCUCUGCGUGCUGUGGUGCGGUGCCGGCGGUGUUUAUGCGAGGGACGUUGACAACAACGCAUUGGGUGGCUGCGUGGCGUCGGAAGUGUUGAGUACGAAUUGGUUCCAUUUGUCGAGUGGAUGUGAAGAAACCGCGCUCACGCCGCCAUUGAGGUCUGCGUUGCCCAUUUCUGCCGUCGAAGCUUCGACUGUAGAAGAAGUUUCUUCACCCUGCGAUGGUUCAUGUUCACGUUCCGCUGGUGACAGUGUUACUGGUGGUGGUGUUGGCGGCCUUGAUGGAAGUUUGGGGGGCACAGGUGACGUUUCUCGUGCUGGCGUUUCUGUUGUUGGCAGCAGUGGCCCAAGAGAAGAUUGCAAAGAAAACAGAGGUGCCAAUUUGGUUUCUUCCCUUGGUGGUGCUCCUCCAACUCCCAUUUCCAGUGAUGAUGCUUCUCACUCUCUCAACGGUGAGUUAUCCACUCGGACGGAAUGUCACGAAACAGUUAAGCACUCAGAAUCAAAAAAAAUUGCAGAGUCCAAAGUGAAAACACCAGAAAUGUCAACACCCCUAAAAGAGCACCACUCAAAUACAGAAGACACAGAGGAAAAAGAGGUUGCCGAUGAGGGGCCAGCUGAGGGUGAGGCAAGGCAAAACGCCGUGGUGACGAAAGACUCUUCCAGCGACGUGCAAGCACCAUUACCACUACCACAAAUACAACAAUCACAGCCACCAGGACAAGAAACGCCGGUGGUAACAUCAUUACAGGAUGCAAAACCACCAGAAAAACAAUCACAAGCAACACCAAUAUUGUCAACAGAAGAAAAAUCACCUAAAGCGGCAGUCACAGCGAUUGGAGAAGGUGACCCACCAACAACAACACACGACUUGCAGAGUUCAACAGAAGAAAACCACAAAACGUUACAGUCACCGGCAACAACGACGUCAGAAACACAAGGACAGCAUUUAAAGGACGGCAUGGCAGAGCAACAGGGUCAAGACGCAACCACAGCGGAUUUGGUGAAGAAUGCAGCUACCGGCAAUCCAGCGGGAAGAACGGCAUCAUCCAUAUCUACAAGUGGAAGUGGUGAAUCCCAGAGAAAGCCAGCUAAGGAAAACGACGAUACUCAACGGCCUAACAGAAAAAAACCACAAAACGGACUCGAGGAUGUUAAUACCAAAGAUGCUCCCACAGCCACAGAGACAGCACCGCAAACAGCGGAAAUGGUCACCAACACUCAAACAAAUAAUACUGCGACUGUUGGCGACAGUGACGGCAGCACCGCGGUCUCCCACACCACCUCCCCUCUUUUGCUUCUUCUUCUUGUUGCGUGUGCGGCUGCUGCUGCGGUGGUGGCCGCGUGA